UUUGUGAUAACAGUAUCCAAAACAAACCAUAUAUCUAGUGCUACACUAUGUGUGUGUAUAUAAAAACUUUUAAAUUUAAAAAAAUUAUUUAAUUAACUAAAAAAAUUAUAAUUUUUGUUUUAUAUUUCAUAAACAGUUGUCAAUAACUGUUUAAAAAAAUAUUCAAAGAGAGAGAGAGAGAGAGAGAGAAUAUAUUUUUUUCAGUUUAAAUUAAUAGUCAGUUAAUAGUUAAGAGAUGUCGUCCAACAACAACAACAAAAACGCCGACAACCCGAAGCUAACAGUGCUAUUUGCACCGUCACCCGGUAUGGGCCAUAUCGGUGCCUGUCAUGGACUGGCCGAUAUCCUGAGCCGUAUAGGUGGUCAUCGAUCGGUAUUUGCAUUGGACAUCAGAUUCAAGGGCCGACUGGCCAAACAUGGCUACGAAGAAGCUAUACUACAGUCGAUAGGACCGGAACCCUAUUCGUCGACCGAAGAGGAUCUGAUGCAACAGUUUUUCGACGAAUACGGCGAUCGACUGCUGAAUAUGACCGCCGUUGACGUACUUCGGGCUAUCGGUCCGGUGUUUAUGAAAAUGUUUGACGACUGUAAACGAUUGGAAUCGAACUAUCGGUCAGUAGUGGCCAGUGUCCGACCGGAUCUGAUAGUAUGCGAUACGCAUAUCGGUUCUCCGGCAUUCAUGAAUGCGGGUCGGCCAUGGAUUUUGUUGAACUCCAUGAGUCCGCUAGAGUUGUACAAUGCCUGCAAUGCACCCGACGUACUGCCGCCCGCCUGGUCAGGCUACUCGUGUAGCGACCAAAACAAAGACAAAUGGCUUGAUUUUCGUCAACAACUCGAACCACUGUUUGCCGACUUUCAUCAGACAGUCGACGACUGGUACUAUCGGCAGACUGGCCAACAUAUUGCCGACUCUGGACUACAGCCAAUGUCCAGACUACUGAACAUUUAUAUGACACCCGACGAACUGGAUUUCAAACAUAUUGCGGGCGUCAAGCCGUUAGACACCGACAAUUGGAUGCGUGUCGACGGCUUUGUGCGGACCACUAAUGAAUCGGUUGAACUGCCCGACUGGCUGUUGGCCAGACCGGGAAAGUUAAUACUACUGUCGCUGGGAUCGCUGGUUAGCGGUAAUCUCGGACUAAUGCGUUUCGUUACCGAAACACUCGGUAAAUCUCCGCAUAAGUUUAUCGUCUCAACGGGUAAACAUCACGACAAGUAUACAUUGCCCGAAAAUAUGUGGGGACAACCAUUUCUACCGCAGACAGCAAUCUGGCCACUAGUAGACUGUGUUGUCACACACGGCGGUAACAAUUCGACUACCGAAGCAUUUUAUUUCGGUAAACCAGUACUAUUGAUACCCGCUUUUGCCGACCAGUUUGAUAAUGCACAGCGUGUUGUCGAUACGGGUCUCGGCUAUAGAUUGGAUCGACCAGUCAGUAGUCAGUCAUUGUUGGAUAGUGUCCACCGGUUGGCCACCGAUACCGAACUCAGUGUUCGUAUGAAACAAAUUGGUGAACGAAUUCGGCAGAGUUUUGAUGCCAAUAGUCGGGCAAUUGUUGAACGCAUUGAACAUAUUGUUGCCGAUUAUGAAUUAAAAAAAUAAUUUUUUUUUUAAAAAUAUAUAA